UUAACUUUUCCAAUGAGUCCGUUCUAAAGGGAAAGUAUGAGUCUCUCUCUCUCUUUGUGUGUGUCUCUCUAUUUCUCUCUAUUACUCUAGCUCUUGCAUACUGGUCAUCCAUUCUUCUUGGGUUAUGUAGCCUAAUCUCUUUGUGUUAUAAAAGAUGGGUGUUUAAAAUUUAGAGAAAGAAAAUGGUAGUUACCCAUGGUGGCUGUAUGCAUUUUCCACGCAAUGGCGAAAAUCAUGACCUAAUUAAAAAAAGAAGUGUCAGUUAUUUUGAGCAUGAAAAGUGUGCCGUUUGUUCGUACAUCUUCAAUCGAAAUGCCUAAAUCCUCAAAGAACUGUCUUGUACCGUCGGGUGUAAUCAUGAAAGAAGAAAGAGGUCAGUUUCUGUUUGUUUCACAGUCAGUGAAUAGAAGCUUACAUGUAGACAUUGGCAGGUGCGUUAAUGACGGUGGGCCGCGUAUGAAUAGUGGUGGUGGCAGUGGGUUCUGGCUUAGUGUCGAUGGGUAUUUGGUGAUGAUGGGAAUGAUGGGUAUUAGAUCUUUUACGUUUGGUUUGGGAAGGGGAGUGCUGGUUGCCUGCCGUACUGCUUUGUUUCGAGCCCAUGGGAUAAUGUUCAAAAGAUGUUGUAGUCGAAUAGAAAGCGAAGUUUCGCUUCAGUGA